CAUGCUCCUGGUGCCCCUCCGCACGAUAGCACCAAGUUUCCCAGAACGUAUGGUUAUGGCAACGUCUGGCCGACUGAGGCUAAGGUCAAGUCUACGGUUAUUAGCUCGUUCCUAUCAAGUCCUAAAUCUGAUCGGGUGGGUGCAAUAUUCAACGGUCAAAACCCAGUGUCCUGGGCGCAUGAGGAGAUUAGCACCUGCACGGAACGUGGCUACCCGAUCUUCGUUUACUGGGGAUCGGUGCAGGCGUUUGGUAAGAUCGACCCACGCAACGUCCCACCGUAUCUUGCACCAUUCCUACCAUCGGCAGGGUCUGUGAAUGCAAUCCUAGCUGGACAAUCCGUCCCCUCAUCGCUGCCGGAAUGCCAGCCCUCACCGCCGCAAGUCCACUCCUCCUGGUCUUCAUGGCCCGUAUUACAGUCAUCCCCAGCUCAGUCGUCCUCAGCCCAGUCCGCCCCUGCUCAGUCAUCUACGGCCCAGUCCGCGCCUGAAAGACGAUAUGACCCACUUGGUCGUGGGUCCUAUAUUGGUGAAGGACCCCUGGAGUUCAUAGAAAGGCGAAAGGCACGCGUUGCAGAGCGUUAUGCGAAGGCGACUCGUAGCCAAGUGCAGUCGUGGAACAGCAAGGCUCAAGCUCAGCGAGACUACCCAUGCCCCGGUAAUUCAUCGAAAGCUCCUAUGGUUUACCGCUGGGAAGUGUUGGACGAAGAGCGCGGCUUGCUGGUGCGGUGUGUCAUAACACGUUCUGAAGUGCCGGAUAUAUGGUUUGGGGUGCAUGAUAAAUACAAAUGGUAUGACCCCACCGAGAAUUCUUGGGACCUUUAUGAUGCUAUCCGACCGGAUCGGGUGACCGUGGAGGCUUAUGAUGAACCCGGCAUCGAUGAAGAGUACUAUGAGCCCACCCCGCCGGCAGGCUCACCUCCUACUGAUCCUGUUCCACCGCCUCCUCCAACUGCCACCCCUCCUCCGGUUCCCCCGCCUCCUGCAACUGCUGCCCCUCACCCGGUUUCCCCCCCUGCUGCCAAGCUUGCCGUCUCUGCCUCGGCAACUGGCUCCGUACCGCCCCAUGCUCUUGGAAAUGCGAUUGGGUCCGAGUUCCCGCCGCAGGAAGAUCUAGAGGCCGAAGUGGUAUACUCGAUGGCUGCCGAAGUGUCUUGGGAGACCAUAGAUUCAUAUCCUACAUAUAGUUGUCUUCGUCAUCGGUAUGGUUUCAUGGGAGAAUCUGACGGUCUUGACAUGAGAAGGGCUUGUGAAGACCGAGAUUUCAUGGUAUUUACGAGGUCACUGACGAUUGCGCCGUCAGCGGAAGAACAAUAUCCGACUCGUUACAUGACUGAAGCAGUGAGCCUGCUGAGAGCACUGGAGGAUUUACAGGAGUCAGAUACCAAUCUCCCUGAAGAGUUUGGCCCAGGGUCCCUGCGGAACACGCUUUUCAGCGCGUGCAUUCAGCGUAGGAACCGGAACCCGCAGGAGUCUUGGUACCUCACCUGGACCAGUGAUGGCCCACUCUGCAUCCAGGGCGCAUCAAAUGCCCGUCACAUUCUACGGCUGUACAAUGAUCCUGAGGAGCACACUUCGGAGGGAGAGCCGCCUGACCCUUUGACUCUGGCAUUGAAAACUGGUAUGGUGUUUGCGCGUCCUAUCAAGAUGUGGAAGUUGGCUUUGCCCGACAGACCUCGGCAUCUGGAGCCGAUGAUGCGCCUCAUGGACCAUAAGUUUACAAGUGUAGACUACAAGUGCUAUGUGCGUCGGAGGGACCAGUUCAUGAGGUCGUUCCCGCAUGCUCGGUCUGCGCUACGACAGGGUGGGAUCUUAUGGCGCAUUGCAAUAGAUAGUCUAGGUCUCGCUCUAGCAGAGGACAAGGUUCGUCACAGUCUGAGCCAGACAGUUCCCAAGACCGGUCAUGGUGUAUCGUUCGUGGCGGCCAUCAAUGAAAAUGAGGUGUGGUACGAAGAUGCCUUAAGCCCCGAGGAGGAGGCCUACCUCAUUGGCACGUACUUUAUCCCCGUCCGAAAUGGUACAAUGGCCGAGUCCUCAUGGUGGCCGAAGCCAAAUACAUUUGCGUCGAGUCCGUACCAUUUUGCGGGCCACUGGACGACUGGGGCAGAGAUAUGGUAUCAGGAUCGACUCGUGGACAUCAGGAACGGUACAGCAAUGCCUCUUACUCAGGCUGCAUGGGGGAAGGAUCUCAGAAACUUCCUACCUCGUGCUAGGCGUGUCGCUAGAGGGCUCGAGACCGCGUCGAGUGUU